AAUGGACAAUCAGCAACAUUCUGAUUGUGACAAGGACAUUCCAAACCCAUCACAUUCACACGCUAGAAAAAUUCCCGAAGGAAUCACAUCAUCGAACCAAGGGCUAACAAGUUUUAUUCGGGAAUAUCGUCCGUUACACGAAGCACUGAGAAAAGGUGAUUUAGCCGAGAUUGAAAAAUAUCUCAUCAAAGACCAUCCAGGAUCACUUUGUGCAAAAAUCACUUCUAAUCACGAAACAGCACUUCACAUUGCAAUCAUGUUUGGCCAUCUAGACAUCGCUAAGAGACUGGUGGAGUUGAUGUCAGAAGAAGAUCUUGCGUUGAAGAGCAGAAAUGGCACCACCGCGCUUCACCUUGUUACUCUUCUCAUUGAGGACAAAGACAAGAUCAUUGAUGUUGCAAAGUGCAUGGUUGAAAAGAACAAGAGAUUAGUUACUUUGAGCGAUGCACAUGAUUGGUUGCCGGUGACUCUGGCCCUUGACCUCGGCCACACUGAAAUGGCUCGCUACCUUUACUCCCAAACCCCGUUUGAAUUUUUCCAACCUCGACUUGGGAAACAUGGUGUUGUGUUCCUCGUCCAAUGCUACUACACCAACUUGUUUGAUAUAGCCCUGGAUUUGAUCGACCGUUGUCCAAAAUUAGUAGUAACUGAUGGUAGAAGGGGGUUAAACUUUUUGGAGAUGUUAGCAAACAUGCCUUCGGAAUUAUUGCUAAAGAAAAACGUACCAUUCUGGAAACGAUGGCUAAACCCAGGGAGUCAAUUGCAAGUUCUCGUUGAGAUACCAGGAUCAGCUCAAAAAAGAGAUGAUUUUGGGACGAAUGCAAGUUCUGUUCAAAUGGUCAGUGGCUUGACUACCCUGGCAAGGCUGAUGGCCGCCAUUACUCAGGAGGAGGGUGGGGGAUCGCCAUCGACGCCUCAGUCCCGGCCUCUCUCGGACGGUUUCACAGGAGCUGGUUUUGGCCGGGGUGGUGUCACUUCGUUGGGGCCAGCUGUCGUUGGGAUUGAGGAUGAGGUUGUGGAGGUGUCACCCAAGGUGGCUAGGAAGCAGAGGAGGGUGGCGGAAGGGAGUAGUGCUGAUAACAUAGAAGGUGAGGGGGUGGUGCCCUCUGUGAUGGACCGGAGUUUCGACGCUCUGACCUUCAUUGAUAAGCACCUCCUCUCUGGUACAGAAGAGUUUUUUCAUGAUUGUGAUGUCGCCGGUCAGGAAAAGUCGGUGUAUCGCUCCCUUCUCCGUUCUGUCGUGAUAGUCCAGAAGGCUUAUGUGGGCAAGUUGAAGGAGAACCUGGAAGCAGCGGAGACAGCUCGACUGAAGGCCGUUAAGGAUGCCGAGCACACUGGGGCCAAGCUGCUCCGUCUUUCCGAGGUAGAGACUUCACUUCUGUCCUACCUGGGGAGCGAGCGUAAACGUGACUUUGACAUUGAAUCCCAGGCCGCAGUUUUGCUUGCCGGGGCAGAGGCUUUGCGGGCCAAGGUGGCGGGUUUGAAGAGGGAAAAGGGGGUGUUGUUGGCAGAUGUGAAGGGCGCGAUUGCCGCUACCAAGGAGAGGAUGAGGGCCCAGGUCUUGGUUCUUGCUCCGAGCAUGGACGUAUUUGUGAUGGGAGUUUUCAAGACCUUUAAGGACAGCCAAAUCAUUGAUUUAGAGUAA